UGAAGCAAAGGAAAGGAAAGCAGAGUAGAAGCAGCAAAGCAAGGAGCGACAGACAUAGAGAUAGAGAGAGAGAGAGAGAGAGAGAGAGAGAGAGAGAGAGAGAGAGAGAUUACCAUUUAACUUUGCUUAUAUGCAUGAUUUGUGGUAGCAAACAGCGGCGCCAGUUCUGCUUUUCCUCGUUUCUUAAGCUCGGUAGUUUAUCAGCCCGGUAUUUACAUGAAGGCCUGAAUCUGUCCAAGUUUAUGUCAGUUAGCAGUCUGACGUUAGCCUCUGCUAUUAGCCUACUCCCUGCUGGUGGUGACUUCAAACAACUUGUCAACAGCCGAUCGAUUCUGGACAGGACUGCUUUCACUCUCUGUUUGUUUUAGCUGGUUGCCAUAGCGUAAACAUUCUCUGAACCAGCGGCACUACUGGGAGAGCAAAAGCAGCUAUGAUGGCUACGUGACAAGCGAUGAGCCACUGAGUCAACUUCAGCAGGAACCAUGGAAGGGUUUCAGCAAGCUGCUACAGAACAGCAUGACAGGGUAAAUGGAUACAGCAAGCCCAAGUCCCCCCAUGACAUGGCUGAUGUCAGGUGGACGCCACCAGAAGGAGAGUCCGGAGGCUCAGACAGCUGUGGGGGGACAAGUGUGUCGGAGCUGACAGACUUUCAGGAGUUAAAGACCAGGGAAAGCGAAGAUGAGGAAGAGAAUGAAGAAGUCCUUGCUUGUAAAGACCUUAAAGGGGACCAGAAUAAAAGACAGAAAGAGGAUCAAGAUCAGGAGAAAAAUCACAACAAGCAAAACAGUUGUGCGUCAUCCAGCUACACAGACCUUUCCCAUACUUCAUCACCCUCACUGUCAGAACAGCUGCGUCUUGGCAGAGAAGACAAUACAGGGUCUGGUAUCAGUGUGGAGUGUAAGGUCUGCGGGGACAAGGCCUCUGGCUUCCAUUACGGCGUACACGCCUGUGAAGGUUGCAAGGGCUUUUUCCGGCGGACCGUGAGAAUGAAACUGGAAUAUGACCGCUGUGAGCGUUCCUGCAAGAUUCAGAAGAAGAAUCGCAACAAGUGCCAAUAUUGUCGCUUCCAGAAGUGCCUGGCUUUAGGAAUGUCUCAUGAUGCGAUCCGAUAUGGACGUAUGCCCGAGGCAGAGAGGAAGAAGCUGGUCGCAGGCCUUCUUGCAGAGGAGCUGAACCUCAGCAAACCAGGUGGUUCAGACCUAAAGACCUUGGCCAAACAGGUCAACACAGCUUACUUGAAGAACCUCAGUAUGACCAAGAAGAGGGCCCGCAGCAUAAUGACAGGCAAAACCAGCAGCACCUCACCUUUUGUGAUCUAUGACAUGGACACGCUCUGGAAAGCAGAAAGUGGUUUAGUAUGGAGCCAGUUAGUUCCAGGUGCACCUCUGACCAAGGAGAUAGGAGUUCACGUGUUCUACCGCUGUCAGUGCACCACAGUGGAGACUGUACGAGAGCUCACAGAGUUUGCCAAGUGCAUUCCGGGGUUUGUGGACCUCUUCCUUAAUGACCAGGUGACUUUGCUCAAGUACGGUGUUCAUGAAGCUAUUUUCGCCAUGUUGCCAUCUCUCAUGAACAAAGAUGGACUGUUGGUGGCCAACGGUAAAGGCUUUGUGACAAGAGAGUUUCUGCGCAGCUUAAGGAAGCCCUUCAGUGAGAUCAUGGAGCCCAAGUUUGAGUUUGCUGUCAAGUUCAAUGCUCUGGAGUUGGAUGACAGCGACCUGGCCCUAUUUGUUGCUGCCAUUAUUCUCUGUGGAGAUCGUCCGGGGCUUAUGAACGUGAAGCAGGUGGAGCAAAGCCAGGACAACAUACUCCAGGCCCUGGACCUCCAUCUUCAAGCAAACCACUCUGACUCUCUCUACCUCUUCCCUAAGCUGCUUCAGAAGAUGGCUGACCUUCGCCAGUUGGUUACUGAAAAUGCUCAGCUUGUCCAAAAGAUCAAAAAGACUGAGUCAGAGACCUCGCUCCACCCUUUACUACAGGAGAUCUACAAAGACAUGUAUUAGAAAUCUCCAGCACAGACUGAUUUUAGCAAUACUGUUACAGACUGAAUCUACGGUUAUAACAACACACUGCAUCCGGUUCAAGCACUGUUCCACAAAUAUGCAUGUAUUUUUAACAUGCAGAUGAGGCACAGACACUUGGUAGGGCUAACAAAAUCAGCAAUGUCUUCACAAUGUCAGCAUUGCCCUCAGCACAGUAAUGUGUGUAUGUGUGACUGCGUGCGAUGAGCAUCUGGAAUCAUUUGCUGCAAGCCUUAGUUUCCCACAACGGUCACUUAACAGGAAGAGUGAUAUGUUUUCUUAUGGAGGCUGCUCCUGUUUCAUCCUCAGAGCAAAGUGUUUAGAGAGAGCUGCUUCUUACUCACCUCGCCUCUGCUUUGCCUCAAAGGGAAAGCAAUUCAUGUUCUUACACCAAUGGCAUUGUUGAACUUGGAAAGUUUUCCGUUUUUAUUUCUUACAAUGAGUGAUUGUAAUUGUUCUGACUUCCAGUGAAGCUGAAGAUGCACAAAUUGCUAUUUGUUUACAUCAUUAUUAUCAUAUUCAUCAUUAAUUACCACCACUUUGCCAUGUGGUUUAAACAACACAAACUGGGCUGGCUCCAGCAGUGUAGAGAGCUCUCAAUGCAACUGUCUGUGCAAUACCAUUUCCAUUUGUCAAUAAAUGUGAGAUCCAAGUUACUUAGGUUUUGUUUUGAAGCCAUCUACCCAAGUGGUAAUUUUUGGACUGUGCUGCCCGAGUCUGACACUAUAAACACACAACCCUCUGAAAUUCAGCAUUGUUUUUGUUUAUGCAAAAUACAGUGAAGUUGCCAUGUUCUGGGUUGUGUUAGUUUAGUUUUUUUGUAAUUAUGUUACUAAUUAUUUGUAAUUGUUGAUCAUAUUUGUAAAGGGCAAAACGUGAAUUAUCUUAUUUCAUGUGUUAAGUAUAUGUGUUUGGUUUUACAUGACUUCCUGUUUAGUUUAGUUCCUACCAAAUAUAUCAUCAAUCAAACCAACAAACCUUUCCUUAACAAGAAAUUUGGAUUUUAUGGUGGAGCAGAAUUGAUUUUAAACCAGCAUACUGAACCAUAAUAUUGUUUUUUGGAAAUUUGAUGAUGAUUGAAAGUUGAUAACCAGAGUUUAUUAUCAUAUGCUGUUUUUGUAUUCAACAUAUACACAAUCGUAGAUUACUACUCCUUUUGUGUGUCUGGUUUGUCUAUACUGUUGCCCAAAUUUAGGCAUUUUCAGAUGUUUUUCCAUAUUAUUCCUUCUGUUUAUAAUUAAGAUACACUAAAAGGACUUCAUGCCA